AUGACGAUCCAGAAUUUCUCUAUCGAAUAUGAUGCCAUCAACAGCAAGAACAUCUUUUCAACUGGGGACAACAUCAAUGGAAGAAUUGUUCUAGAAGUAUCGAAGGAGAUUCAGGUCCAAGCCCUGAUUUUCAGAGCACAGGGACAGGCCAACGUCUGCUGGCAUGAACAACAUGGACAGAACGUGCACAUGGUCUACACUUCAAAAGAAAAGUACUACAAUGUGGAGCAUCACAUCCUGCCAACCAGGCCAUAUGGCACUGAUGUGAUUGGCCCAGGGAAACAUGUGUAUCCCUUUUCUUUCAAGAUUCCUGAAAGUAACUUCCCAUCAACGUUUAAAUCCUCGGUUGGUAAAAUCGUGCACAAGUUGAAGGCAGAGCUGAAGCAGUCCAUGAAGAUGACAAAAAUGGCCAAAACGCACAUCACAUUUGUCUCCCCAGCUGACAUGAAUAUCCCUGGACUUCUGGAACCUCAGCAUGGAUCUAGAGAUAAAACCAUCAGUGCUUUUGGAUCCGGAACUGUGGCCAUGGACGUCAACAUAGAGAGGCUGGGGUAUUGGCAAGGUGAAGCUCUAAAAGUUACUGUUGAAAUCCAAAACCAGUCGUCCCGAGUGGUGAAGCCAAAACUGAUCUUUUAUAAAAAGAAGAGUCAUUUCGCCCAGGGUAAAAGGAGAAUGAACACGUCCGACAUUUUAAAGGAAAAGUGUGACCCGGUGGAGUCUGGCUGUAGCAAAACUGUGAGAAAAACCAUCACCAUCCCACAGGAACUGCCCCCGUCUAUACUGAACUGCAGCAUCAUCAGGCUGGAGUACCGGCUCAAGAUCCUACUGGACAUCAAAUAUGCGAGUAACCCUGAGAUUAAAUUACCCAUAGUUGUUUUACCUGAAAAAAGCAGCCACACAGCAACUUCAAAAAAAUCAAAGGAAUAUGAGACUUUGGCCCAACCCACUUCAGGCACAGCGAGCUCCCUCAGCCAGGCCCCGGCUGGGCAUGCCCAGGGCCCGGUGCGGUACCCUCCAGCUGCUGCCUCAGCCUCAGACGACCCUCCUCCCUAUGAUGCAUACGCCCUGUACCCAUCCUACUCCCACGUGGACCGUCACAGCAGCCAUUUGUAG